GUCAUGAAUAGCUGUUGUUUAACGCAUGACGUAACAAGGACAAACAGUGGUGCAGCUCUUAGACGCUAAGAUGAGAGCAGUUAUGACAGAGAGGUAGAGUAAAAGAAGCUGGACUUUUAGCUGCCGCUUUGUUAAACACGGCUGUCAUUGUAUUUAAACCGAGACUGUUAGCAACAACUAGCCGCCGGUUCCAGGAGCUGCUGGAGGCUAAUCUCUGGUGAUAACUGGAGGCUUUUCCAUUAUCUCAAAUCGACAGGAAAGCUGCAGUCAUGGUGUUCAUCCAGAGCUACUGUGAGGCAAACACCUCCAUCUCCCACACCUGGGUGGAUCAAGGCAUCUCCCCCUGCUUCUACUUCACCUUGGUCCCCACCAUCCUGCUGGCCAUCUCCUUCUUCCUCGGCACCGUCCACUGCAUUUGCUACCAGAAGUAUGGCACCUCCAUGGAGCCCAAGUUCAUCCCUCGCUCCUGCCUCUACAGCUUCCAGAUGGUCCUCACCGUGCUUCUCCUGCUCCAGUUUCUGGGUGGGAUGGUGUGGCGAGCUGCAAGCGGCGGAGAGCUCCCGGGUUAUGUGGUCCUGUAUGGCUGCUUCUCCAUGAUGGGCUGGGCCUGGGCUUUAGCUCUGCUCAGGGUGGAGAGGCAAAGGGUCCCGCUGAUGGACCGGACGAGGGGACACAGCACGGCGCUGCUGGUGUUCUGGGCCUUGGCUUUCUCUGCUGAGAACCUCGCCUUCAUCUCCUGGUACAGUCCGCACUGGUGGUGGGGCCUGGAGGCGACUGGUGAAGAGGUGCAGUUCGCUCUCUGGCUGAUCCGCUACUUCUGCACCGGGCUCCUCUUCUUCAUUGGUCUUAAAGCCCCCGGGUUGCCCCGAAAACCAUACAUGCUUCUCAUAAACGAAGACGAACGGGACGUGGAGAACAACAUGCAGAACUUGUUGGGGAGAACAGAGGAGAACCAAUCCACCUGGCAGGGAUUCAGGAAAAAGGUCCGCCUGUUGGUUCCCUACAUGUGGCCCCGUGGCAACAUCAUUCUGCAGCUCCUGGUUCUCUUCUGUCUGGGACUGCUGGGAAUUGAGCGAGUUAUUAACGUCUUUGUUCCCAUCUAUUAUAAAAAUAUUGUUAAUGAAUUAACUGAUGGCAGCAGCUGGCGCACUGUGGCCUCCACAGUCUGUGUAUAUGUUGGGCUGAAGUUCCUGCAGGGUGGAGGAGCGGGUGCCUCUGGGUUUGUCAGUAACUUGCGCUCGUUCCUCUGGAUUCGGGUGCAGCAGUACACCAACCGAGUGGUCCAAGUUCGUCUGUUUGCCCACUUGCACUCCCUCUCUCUGCGCUGGCAUCUGGGCCGCAAAACCGGCGACGUGCUGAGGAGCAUCGACCGCGGCACCUCAUCCAUCAACAGCUUGCUCAGCUACAUUGUGUUCAGCAUCUUCCCAACCAUUGCUGAUAUUGUCAUCUCCAUCAUCUACUUCGUCACUUACUUUAACGCCUGGUUCGGCCUUAUCGUCUUCAUUUGCAUGACACUCUACCUCACUCUCACCAUCAUCAUCACCGAGUGGAGAACCAAGUACAGGCGAGACAUGAAUCAGCAGGACAACGCCGCCAAGUCCAAGGCUGUAGACUCCCUGUUGAACUUUGAGACGGUAAAGUACUACAACGCAGAGAACUAUGAGGUCAGCCGUUUUGAAGACGCCAUCUUGAAGUAUCAGGCUUCAGAGUGGAAGACUCAGGCGUCCCUCGCCUUGCUCAAUCAGACCCAGAACCUCAUCAUCGGAUCCGGGCUGCUGGCCGGCUCACUACUCUGCGCCUAUUUUGUCACAGAGGGGAAAUUUAAGGUUGGAGAUUUUGUUCUCUUCGGUACCUACAUCAUCCAACUCUACACCCCUCUGAACUGGUUUGGAACCUACUACAGAAUGAUCCAAAAUUCCUUCAUCGACAUGGAAAGCAUGUUCAAACUGUUUGAGGAAGACGAAGAGGUGAAAGAUGAAGUAAAUGCAGGGAAUUUGCUGUAUAAACUGGGAAGGGUGGAGUUUGACCAUGUUUACUUCAGCUACACAAAUGGAAAGGAGAUUCUUAAAGAUGUUUCCUUCACUGUUCUGCCAGGACAGACUGUUGCAUUGGUUGGACCAUCAGGAUCUGGGAAAAGUACUAUCAUUCGUCUGCUUUUCCGUUUCUAUGAUGUUCAGGGAGGCUGCAUUCGCAUCGAUGGCCAGGAUAUCUCAAAAGUUAAGCAAACAUCUCUGCGAGCUCACAUCGGUGUGGUUCCCCAGGAUACCGUGCUUUUCAACGACACAAUCAAGGAGAACAUCCGCUACGGUCGCAUCACCGCCUCCGACCAGGAGGUGGAGGAGGCAGCUAUAGCUGCGGAUAUACAUGAUAAAAUCAUGGCCUUCCCUGAAGGCUACGAUACGCAGGUUGGUGAGAGAGGCCUGAAGCUGAGUGGAGGCGAAAAGCAGAGGGUUGCUAUCGCCAGAACAAUCCUGAAAGCGCCUCAGAUCAUUUUACUGGAUGAGGCAACAUCUGCUCUGGACACGCAGACCGAGCGCAACAUCCAGGCGUCUCUGGCUAAAGUGUGCACGAGCCGCACCACCGUCGUCGUAGCGCACAGGUUGUCCACCAUCAUCGGUGCGGAUCAGAUUCUGGUCAUCAGUGAGGGUCGGAUCGCUGAACGAGGACGACAUGAAGAGCUGCUGUCCAAAGGAGGUCUGUAUGCAGACAUGUGGUCGAAGCAACAGCAGGCCCACGACUCAGACUCCUCAUCAGAUACAGAAGCGAAGGAUCGCAAGUCUGAGAAACUCCAGCCACCGUCCUCCUCUUCCACCCAACAAGGGCAUUGAAUGUAUCAGUUUGUUGACAAAGAAAAAAGUUAUUUUUUUCUGUAGUCUGCCUUUCAAAGAUCUGAUGCUUUGUUUAAAAGGAACAGAGCGAGGUGAUUGUUAUUUAUUUUUAGGAAUUUUGCAAGUAUGUGUGCAAUGUCAGGUCAGGAAAAAAAAGGAAGGUGCCUUUAAAAACUGAUGUAACACUAUUAUUCGAAUGUAUGGGAAUACUUAUCAAAGCUGAGAUUAUUUAUCUAAGGUUUUGGUAAAAGGAAAAUGAACAAUCUUCAGAUAUAUGAGGCUUAAGUUAAAAUAUGUUUGCAGCACUUUUAGCUGUUUUUGACUUCUGUUUUUAUAUUUGCAUUUGCUCUGUUUUGAAAAACGACCCCCUCUUAUUGAGACAUUCAUUAUUGGACAUACACGCAAUAAGAAUCUAAGGGAAUAAUUCAAAAAAUAAUUCAUUUUCAGGAAAAAAUGAAUGAUUAAUUUGAUUAAGAGAAGGGUAGAUUUACAAGCCAUCAGGGAUUUUCUUUUAUAUGUUAACUCGGACAGUUGUUAUUUAAUGUAAAACUGUUUUUAAGAGGUGUAUAAAUGUUCACUUUAUCAUAGUCGGUUGUAAUAGUCGCUCUAUCCUCAUAAUGGUAGAGUUUGUACAGAAAAAUCCUCCACGUCUACUGCUUUAUCAUCCAUUUCAGGUAAAAUGCUGGUUUCUUAUACUUUCAUAGACCUAGUUAUUUUUUUGCAGUGAAAACAUGUUAUGAAAUCUCACUUCUCACAGUAAGAAUUGACAUCCAAGUAACUAUUGGUACUCUGUUUGUGAAAGGGAGUUGUACACUUUUCAGAGAUCUGCACUAUCUCUAAAGACUUUUUUUUUCUUCAUUCAUUGACCUGUGCAGCUAAAAAUGUAUAUGUCAUUAUGUGAAGAUUAUGGAAAUGUUUGCCAUGUAGUUAUAAA